AUGGCGGACGACACUCGAGAUUCUAGCAGCAUACCUCCUGAUGAUCAAGCCGAGCCAAAACCGCGCGGCCCCCGGCGACCGGAUUACAAGCACGAAUUUCCCAGAUCACAAGCACAAAAAAUGUGGGAGGCACUGGGAAAUCCCCAAGAGCCCGUAAAUACUCUGCCUGGAGGAACAUACAACUCGGCUGGCGGGAAACCUUCUGAAUUAUCGUGGAGGGAUGCAUUCAACUUCUCCUACGAAGGGAAAGGCCCCGCCUUCUACCGGACGCCGUGUGCAAGAGACUCAUUAUUGGUCGGCAUAGCAUCUGGAGGAGCAAUUGGAGGUUUAAGAUUCGUCUUGAAAGGUCUCUCUGGCGGACUCGUAACGGCCAACUUUAUGGUUGCAGGAUUCACGGUCACAGCUUGUGGAAUGUACUAUUGGUGCGAUGAAAGACGGAAGCAGGAGGCCAAAGGAAUUGCUGCGGCCGUCGCCGGAAUGAAGUAUUUGCAAGAAAAGAGGGCCAGAGAGAAGGAAGAGGAAGCUGCCCAGGCCGCUGAGGCAGCGAAAGUUGAAGAGGAACGAAAACGCAACCGACAGUGGUACAAGUUUUGGUGA